UAUUCAGCGGGACGAAGAACUGUUCAGCUUCACGCUCGCCCGGAUCCAGUUACUUGGCAUCACAAAAUAAAACAUAAAGCUCUUUUAUUUUAAACAAAAUGUCUGUCGUUCCUGGCUCCAUAAUCGUGCCAGAUUGGCACCGCUGCGCAGACAGUAAAGAGUUUUUCAGCAAAAUAUUGCAUAAAAAGAGACGACGAAAGUUUGGUCUCUUGGAAGCUCCGAUGAUGCCUCCUCAUAUGAACGUGGACACCGUGCGCUACAAGGUUUUCAUCUCCGGUAAAACUGGAGUGGGGAAAAGCGCACUCGCUGCCCGUCUGACUGGCCUCGAUAUCCCCAAAAUGCACUAUGAAACCACGGGCAUAGAGACAAGUGUGACCUUCUGGCCUGUAAAGCUGAAGGAGAGUGGUCGUGUGUUGUUUUUCCGCUUUGAGUUUUGGGAAUGUGGAGAAAGUGCUAUGCGAAGAUUUGAUCACAUGUUACCGUCUUGUAAGGAACAAGUGGAUGCAAUACUUUUCCUAUUUUCCUUCACUGACCGUGGCUCCUUUGAAGAUCUUUCAAAUCAGAUAUCUCGGAUCACAGAAUCUUCAGAUCGAGUGGUUAAAUUGGUGGUUGGCACAAAGUUUGACUUAUUUAUGCAUACAGAUGUCACAGAGAGCGAUGUAACACACUUUCAAGAGGUGUGUGGUCUUCCAGUCUUUCGCAUGGGAGGUGAUGUAAGCGCAGGGCUUGGUGAGGUUGCACCCCUCUUAAAUGCCCUUGCUGAAAACCUGUGGUACCAGGACUGUAUAGCUGCUUCAUCUGCAUCUAUCUCCCCACAGCCUGGCGCUGGCCACGGGCAAACAGACGCAGAGAUCAUUGUAUAG